AUGAUCAUAAUCACCUCUUCAUACUCAAAUUCUCUUCAUGCAGCACAUCUUCUUCUUAUGGUUCUUGCAGUGUUUACGAUGAGUUGCAGUAGUUCAAAUUCAGUACUGAGACCCUUAGAGAAUAACCAUAUCGACCAACCUCCAGCAAUUUUUGUUUUUGGGGUUUCCUUGGUUGAUCCAGGCAACAAUAACUAUAUUAGUGGUACAAUUGCAAAAAAUAAUUUCUAUCCCUUUGGAAUUGAUUUUCCAAGCGGGAAAGCUUAUACUGGUCGUUUUACAGAUGGAAGAACAGGUUAUAUUCCUCCUUACAUGGAUCCAACAACCGUUGGAGAUGUUGUUCUUCGUGGAGUCAAUUAUGCUUCCGGUGGCGCUGGGAUCCUUAACGACAGUGGCGCUAUCUUUGGUAAUCGGUUUAACAUGGAUGCACAACUCGACAACUUCGCGAAUACUAGGAACUACAUAAUCUCGAAUAUCAGUGGUGGUGGUUCCAAGAAACUACUUGAGAACGCUCUUUUCAUCAUAGUAAUGGGUUCCAAUGAUUUCCUUCACAACUAUUUCACUCCAAUUAUCUCAAUACCUAAGCAAAAGUUGGAAUCACCGGGAAUGUUUGUUGAUUCAAUGAUCUCAAAAUUCAGACUUCAACUAAUAAGAUUGUAUGAAAUGGACGCAAAAAAAAAUUUUGUUCCUAACCUUGGACCUCUUGGUUGCAUUCCAGAGGAAAGAGCUUUGAAUUACAGUUUACAGAUCAUGAUGGCUACAACAUGGUAUCUCAUAUUUUCCGUGAUUAUCAAUCCUAUGGUACGCUUUGAGGAUUACAAAACUGCGUGUUGGAAAUUACUUCCAGAUCCACCUCGAGGAUUUUACAGUCAUGCGCCACUAGUUUGUAAGGACCGAUCCAAGUAUGUGUUUUGGGAUUUUGCUCAUCCAAGUGAUGCUGCUAAUGUCAUUUUAGCAAAGAUGAUGCUGGAGGAUCCCGAUUCUGGAUACACAUAUCCAAUGAAUGUUCGCCAACUCUACUACUCAUGA